AUGGGGAAUCUCAAAAACAUUACGUGGCUCAACGGUAUCUAUAGUCUACACCCCGACGACUUAAACAUUAUCCCAUUCGAUACCAUCACCACCGAGGCAAAAGAUGACUCCUUCUGCGGCUUACCCCUCAUUUCACCACCGCCAGUUUUGUCACCGGGAGAAUUCAAUCAGAUCUUCCCAAAGUCAGUAAACCGCAGCUUGGACGCAUCAUCAAUACAAACAUAUUCUCCCCUCCAACUCAACCAGAACUUAUCACAGAAUGAGAGAUUUAGCCUAUUGUGCAUUGCACCAUCGGCCUUGAGACAGGCCGAAAUUCUGAAGACUGUGCAAGAAUGCGUCUCCUCGGAUAUGAAAGCACAACCCAACGGCCCGAAUACGGACAGAGAAAGCUCCAUCGCUUCUAUCGAACCUACUAAGCCGAAGCCUGAACUGAACCAGCAGGACGAAUCGAGUCCGAAAAAGCAAGCCGCUAAGAACAAGGAACUGUUGGCUGGUACCAAGAGGUUACAAUACGAGUUGUUGGAUCUGCGACUUGAAAUGCUCAAGCAUUCAAAGUGUGAGGGGUACAUUAAGCGAUACGUGGAGCAGAUGACGGGAAGGGUCCUUAGUGAGGAUACUGCAAGUGAUGUUCAGCAGGCAACUACUGUGGUUUCAUCAAAUAACAAGGAAAAAAGACUUGUAUCGUUGCCGGCAGCAAUGUCUCACUAUCCUGACAAAUCAGAAAAGGCAGAUUGA